ACGUCAUCUCUUCGGUUCUUUGUAUGCGGUUACCAGGCAACGGUGUUUUUGCAUUUUGGCUAACUUACAACCUAGCUAGCCCGGUGGGCUAUAUGAUAAACUAGGGGUUUUAAACUAAGUUAAUUAACGAACACCAGAUGGCCGGUUAUCUGAUAGACCCGAGCCGGGCUCCGGUGGCCUUUGGGCGGCGGGCCGUGCCACAGCUGUUCGAGGAGCUGCAGCAGCCGGAAGCGGACAGGAGGCUGCGGGCUCUGGCUUCACUCUGCGACCUGAUGCACGACCCGGAGCGGAUCUACCAGACUGUUAACGGGGCAGGUUUUCUGGAGCAGUUGAAGGUUUUGUUUGAGGAUGAAGAUUCAUCAGUCAGAACAAAAACCUGUGAGCUGCUUCACCUCAUGACUGCCCACAGCAUCGGCAGACAGGCCCUGCUCUCCUCCUCCCUCCUCCCUUCUCUCUCUCAGCUGGUGGACGACAGCUCGUCCUCCUGCAGGAGGAACGUCCACCGAGUGCUGAACCGCCUCACUCUGCUGCCUGCAGGUGCAGACGCUCUCCUGGCUCUGGUUCCUAAACUGAUGCUGAAGCUGAGAGGGGAGGAAGAUGAGGAGGAGGAGGAAGAGGAGGUGCAGGUGCUGCUCCUCUCCACCCUAAGCUCCUGCUCCAGGCUGGAUGCUCUGCCGGCUCUGGCCUCUGACGGUGUCUCGCUGCUGGGCCACAAGCUCUCCCACCGCUCCCCGAACAUCCGCAGGGAGGCAGCUGCAGUCAUGAUGGCCCUCAGUGUUUGUGAGGAUGGGAAGCUCAAAGUGUGUGAGGAGUCGUUACUUCCUGUCCUGGUCGACCUGCUGCAUGACGAAGACAUCGAGGUUCAGGCCAACGCUGCAGGAGUCAUCAUGUACACUGUGAUCAUCACCACAGGUAAGCAGCAGUGUCUGGAUCUGGACGUCAUCCCCAUCCUCCUCGAACUGGUGUCCAAGAAGGAGGAGGAGGAGGAGGAGAAGGAGAGGAAGAGCAGGAAGGCCCUGGUCAUGUACUCCCUGCGCGCUCUGACUGCCCUGGCUGAAGCUCCGGAUGGCCGCCGCCUCCUGCUGGAGCAGCUUCCCCUGCUGCUGAGGAGGAGUGAGGCUGCAGAGGAGGACCACGACAUCCGGCGGGACGCUCAGACCGCCGUCAGAGUCAUCAACUGGAGACCCUGAGAGCCUGAUGACCUCUGACCUCCAGAACAGACCUGCUGGGUCAACCUCUGCUGAUUACAUAAUAAAUAAAUGUAAAAAAAUUCUA